CUCCAGAUGGUCCCCACCUUUCUGUCUCUCUGGUGCUUACACCAUCUCCCCCUUACCUGCAUCUCUUCUUCGCUUUGUUUGGUGGCUCCUCUCCACAUCCUGUAUCUGUCUAGGUGGCAACCCUCAUAUCAAGUCGGGCCGUUUUAUCAAACUGCUCCCUGAUUAUGAACACAUGGACUAUCAGAAUGUAUACCCCUGCUGUAAAUACAGGCAUGACUUUAACUUACAUGAAUUGCAUGUAGCAAAUUGAAACCUUAACUUUAACACACACUCACUUUAUGUAUAUCAGGCACAAAGGAUUUUAACACACCACUUAUUCCUGCUGGACUUUCAAAACUGCCACACUGCUACAUCACCCCUACUCUAUUCCCACCAAACUCCUUCUCCUGUCCUGCUCCACUCAUGCUGUGCUUCUGCUCCGGUCGUGCCCAGCUCCUACUCCACUCAUGCCCUGCUCUGGUGUUGCCCUGCUCCUUUUCCACAUCUACUCCUGUCAUACUACACAUGCCCCAUUCCUACUCCACACAAUUUCAAGUCCUACUCCAGUCAUAACUCAUAUGCCACUCAUAUCCCAUUCCUACUCUUCAAUUAUAUCCCUUCAUACUCCACUCCUGCUCCACUCCUGCCCCACGUCUUCUCCAGGCUUUGCAGUGGAUCAGAGGAGGGUGUGCUGAAUGUUUGCCUCAAUGAGUAACCUGCUCCUCACACUGGCAUGUGUACAGAGACCGGAUCACUGUGAUUCGGAGGGUGAGAUGUGCUCCACCCGUACCGGCACAUCCUGGGACUGUGGCAGCCAGAUAUCGGCCCAUAUGGAGGACUGCUCAAUGUGGUGGUGGACGGCUUGUUCAUCAUUGGCUGGAUGUACCUGCCUCCCCAUGAUCCUCGUGUGGAGGAUCCCAUGCGGCGACGCCCCCUUUUCCGCAUUCACAUGUGGGAGAGCAGCAAGGCGAUUGUGGAGUGCAUGUACGGUCACAAGGGCCCCCAUAAAGGAGACAUUCAGACAGUGAAGAGAGACGAGUUCUCCACCAAGUGUAACCAGACAGAUUACCACCGCAUGCCAGGGGGCCGCCAGGAGGAGUUCCGCACAUGGCUGGAGGAAGAGUGGGGCCGGACACUGGAGGACAUCUUCCACGAGCACAUGCAGGAGCUCAUCCUCAUGAAAUUCAUCUACACCAGCCAAUACGAUAACUGCCUGACGUACCGGCGUAUCUACCUCCCCCCACACCUGCCCUCUGACCUGCUGCAACCUGGCCUCUUCAAAGGUACCUAUGGCAGUCAUGGCCUGGAGAUUGUAAUGCUCAGCUUCCACGGCACCCGAGCCAAAGGAACCAAGCUCACUGGCGACCCAAAUGUUCCGGCAGGACAGUUGACUCUGGACAUAGACCUGAGCCAGCCGGUGCAGCUGCCGGAGCUGGAGGCUCAGCGGAAUAUGGAGGAGCUGUCCCGACUGGUGCUAGGGGUCCACGAGCAGGUGCGGCAGCAGAUGCAGGAGCGGCGGGGCGCGGAAGGUGGGCCUGGGGCUGGGGUGGGGGCCGAGGAGGGGCUGGGACCUGCGUCAAUGGCGGAAACCACACCCACCUGCUCUACUGCUGAGCCUCAACCCUUCGUCCUGCCCCUGGGCAUCAUGGCCCGAAAUGAAGUGUACCCCCGCUCCUGUAAGAUGUGCUUCUACGGCACAGGCCUGAUCGCAGGCCAUGGCUUCACAAGUCCGGAACGCACACCAGGUCUGUUUGUUCUGUUUGAUGACGACCGCUUCGGCUUCAUCUGGCUGGAGCUGAAGUCUUUCAGCUUGUACAGCCGCCUGACAGACAGCCUGCCCUAUGCCCAGGCACCAUCCCUGGAGCACUUCGAGGACAUGCUGCGCAGCAUGCAGUCCUGGACAUCUUGACGGAUGCCCCACGUUGCCACCACCCUACCCUGCCUAAGCCCCACCCCACCGCAGCAUGCACAAGGGCCACGAGUUGCAGGAACAUGCCGCUUUCUUAACCAUAAUUGGUGAUGAUUUUAAUACUGCUGGAAAUUACUUCACCCAACAAACUGCGUGCCUCCAUUUUGUAACAGGUACUUGAUCAGAGCUAAGCUUACUCCAAGAGGAGACACUUGUAUUUACACACGUAUUGUAUGAAAAAUCAGCUGUAAUCAUGCAGUUUGUGCGAGAGCCUUUUCUUUCACUGCUCUAUCUGCUGUGUACAGUUGGCUACCUGAGCCUCUCUAGGUGUACUGGAUUCGUAAGCAUGCUGGGUUUAGACCCUGUAUUGAUGUGCUGAAAGACAGGACCAGAAACACUGAAUCACUGUGUAACUCAGUGCCAUGUGACUGACAUCUCAACAAAUGUCUCUAUCCUGUCAGUGUGACCCCUCAUGUAAUCAGAAAGGCUUAUCGUGUGGUUGUUUAUGUGCACAGGAGAGCCUCGUAUUCAGGGUGAAUUGCAAUGCUUUCAUUGUACACCUCUCGCUUUCUGAAUGGCAUAUUUGCUCAUCUGAGGUUAAAUGCCAAGGUACUGUACUUUGGCCUGGGUUUAGGCACCAUGUCCCUUAGGCUUAAUCCAGCCCCCUCAUCCACAGCCAUGUCAAGAGCUGAUAGACCCUCAGUGUUUAAUGUUUAAUUGGGUUCUCUGGUAUCCCUCUGGGCCACAAUGUAGGGGAAAGACCACAGUCUGACCACAACAUCAUGAAGAGCAGAAAUAGCCCUAAGGCAAGCCAGCACUGCGGGCCUGCAUUUCAUCUCAUCCAGUCUUGCCUGCCACUUGGGUACUGCUGAAUCAUGAAUAUCUUUAGAGUACUGAUUCUCAAUCCUGCUCCUGGAGCCCCCCUGCUCUGCACGUUUUCCAUCUUUCCCUGG